GGCUGCGCUAUCCCCUAUAGCGGUCGGGGGAGCGGCGCUGGCGCUGGCAGUGGCGGAGGUCUGGGUCCGGCUGGGCAGCGGCGCGCGGCAGCAGCAUGGACGCGGAGGGGCUGCUGGCGUCGGCGGCGAUCAACCUGGGGCUGGCGCUGGUGGCGCUCUCCCUCUUCUCCAUGCUCAAGAAGCAGCCGGGGAACGCGCCCGUCUACCUGCCGCGGCGGAUGGCGGGCGCCGGCGGUUCCGGCGGCGGGGUGCUGCCGCUCGGCACGGGGCGGCUGACCCCCUCGUUCCGGUGGAUCCGCGCCGCGUUCGGGAUCAACGACGACGACGUGCUCCGGCGCCACGGCCUCGACGCGCUCGCCGUCAUCCGCCUCUUCAAGUUCGGGAUCAAGUGCUUCAGCGUCUGCUCGGUUGUCGGAGUGCUGGUCCUUGCGCCGGUGAACUACACCAGUGAAGGUCCAUCCGACCCCAAGAGGCAGAACUCCAUGGAGCUUUUCACCGUGUCCAACGUGCCCAAGGGCUCUGACAGGCUCUGGGUGCAUUUCUCAUGCCUGUGCUUCAUAUCCUUUUAUGUGGUGUAUUUGCUUCACAAGGAGUACAAAGAAAUGUCCCACAAAAGAAUUGAACACUUGAAGUAUCACAGGAAGAGACCUGAUCAGUUCACAAUUUUAGUUCAAGGAAUUCCGCUGUGCACAGAUCAUGGAACUUAUGGGUGUAAUGCUGAUCACUUCUUCUCAAAGCACUACCAGACUUACCAGUCAUAUCAAAUACUGCACGACAAUGGAAAUAUCGAGUCAUUACAGAAGCUGGCAUCUUCACUUGAAAAACAGAUAGAGAGGAAAAGGAAUACCAGAAGAUGCAACUUUUGGCAGUGGAUCUGGUUUAAGUUCACAACAGGACCAAUCGAUGCUCGCAGCCAGGAACAAAAACUGAAGGAAGUGCACCAGUCUAUCCGAAUCCUGCAGUGCAAAAAUAUGCUUAAACAAAAGGAGUUACCCGUAGCUUUUGUCUCAUUCAAGUCCCGGUUGGAGGCUGCCCAAGCUGCUGAAACGCAACAGCAUAUCAAUCCGCUAUCACUGGUUACACGCUAUGCUCCUGAGCCAACUGAGACGAUAUGGUCAAAUCUGGCUAUUCCUUUCUACCGUCUUGCUGCAUACAAAGUUGGAGUCUUCAUUGCUGCAUUUUUACUAACAGUGUUCUUCACAAUCCCUGUCACAGCCGUGCAAGGGAUAGUCCAAUUUGAGAAGAUUGAGAAAUGGUUCCCUCCGGCUAGAGCUGUGCGACUUAUACCAGGUUUGAGUUCUGUUGUAACUGGAUAUCUUCCAAGCAUGAUUUUGAAUGGAUUUAUCUACUUGAUUCCGUUCGCAAUGCUUGGCAUGGCUUCAUUUGAAGGGUGCAUUUCAAAAAGUCAAACGGAAAUCAAGGCAUGCAACAUGGUCUUCUACUUCUUGCUAGGAAAUGUUUUCUUCCUGAGUAUUCUUUCAGGCUCUCUGCUCCAUCAGAUAGGAGAAUCCUUCACGCACCCUAAAGAUAUUCCUAGCCGCCUCGCAAGUGCUGUGUCUGCACAGUCAGAUUUCUUCAUCACAUAUAUCUUGACCAAUGGCAUGUCAGGCUUCUCCUUCGAGGUUCUUCAGUUUGGUUUGCUUACAUGGCACUUCUUGAAGGCGCAUACUGUUGGAGAUAGUGAUGAGUCAUAUCUGUAUGGCUUCCCUUACUACAGAGUUGUGCCCAUUGCUUCCCUUGCAGUAUUGAUUGGAAUGGUGUAUGCUGUCGUUUCACCUCUUCUGCUCCCGAUUCUUGUGAUCUACUUCUUACUCGGUUAUGCCGUGUUCAUCAACCAGAUGGAAGACGUAUAUGAGAUCACGUACGACACCUGUGGGCAAUAUUGGCCCACCAUUCACCACUACAUCUUCCUCUCGGUCACACUCAUGCAAACUACAAUGAUAGGUUUGUUUGGCCUGAAGUCGAAGCCGGGAGCUUCGUUUGCCACGAUUCCCUUGCUUGCGUUGAACAUCAUGUUCAAUGAGUACUGCAAGGUCCGGUUCCUUCCAACUUUCCAAUGUCGGCCGGUCCAGAUCUGCAAGGACAACGACGACCUUGAUAAAAUCGAGGGGGAGGCGGAAUGUAGCUCGGAACAUGCUGUCAGAGCGUACACGCCGCCAUGGAUGCGUCCGACAGGGUGCUCUCCGGAAUCUAGCUCGGUGCAGCCUUUAGUCCAUUGUUUGAUAUAACGUUGUUUCUAUGGCUUGUUUCUCUACAUAAUGCGCUAGGAAAAAUUUGUAUGUCAUCGUGUGUCUGUAAGUUCUGCCGCAACAUAUUUGAGCGCUGGCAUGCAGCGUUCUGAACUUCUGAUGGAGAGGCACAUGCCUUGUUUCUGUAAUUAUUCCGUGGUUUAGUAUGUAAUUGUGCGAUUAUCCCGUGACUUGUUGCUACAACUUUACAUUGACAAUGAUCAGUUUUGUUAAGAGAAAAGUAUACUUUUCCUCCCUCAACUCUUGGUGAAGUCUAGAUUUGGUCCCUCCAUUCCG